AUGGACUUUGACGAGGAGCUCAAUCUUUGUAUCACCAAAGGUAAAAAUACCGAUCCUUCUUUUGGAGAAGCUUCGUCCACGUCAACGAUGUCACCAAAAUCUACGAAGAAGAUGAGAAAUCCUGAUCAUCGACCUAAACCUUAUCUCCGAUCCUCCCCUUCACCUCACUCCUUGGUGGCUUUCCCUUUUUCCCUCGAUCCAGCGAUUCAACAUCAACAAGAACUCGGAUACUUUCCGGUUAACCAACAACACGACCCGACAAUGCAAAGCCACAGGCAAAUGAUCUCGUUUAGUCCUCAGCAGCAGCAGCAGUAUCUGACCAAGUAUUGGAGCGACACACUGAACUUAAGCCCCAGAGGAAGAAUGAUGUUGAUGACGAACCAAGAAAGUGUUCAGCCGUACAGCGCAACCAAGCUUUACAGAGGAGUGAGACAACGUCAGUGGGGAAAAUGGGUCGCAGAGAUUCGUAAGCCACGGAGCAGAGCACGUCUCUGGCUCGGUACCUUUGAUACAGCUGAGGAAGCUGCCAUGGCCUACGACCGUCAAGCCUUCAAGCUGAGGGGACAAAAUGCAACACUUAAUUUCCCGGAGCAUUUUGUGAAUAAGGUUAAUGAGGUGAAAGAUCCAAGUGAAGUGUUAAACUCGUCGUCGCAUCAGGAACAACCUGAAACAACGUUGCCUAAGCCAAGCGAGGUUAACGUGGAGAACAAGGAAGUAGCGGUGAGUGAUGAUUGUGGGAGAGAGGAAGGGAUGAUGGCUGAAGCGUGGUACAAUGCGAUUACAUCUGGAUGGGGUCCUGAGAGUGCCCUUUGGGAUGAUUUGGACAGUUCUCAUCAGUUUUCAGAAAGCUCAUCUUCUUCCUCUGCAUCUUGUCCCAUGAGGCCUUUCUUUUGA